AUGACAUCUUCAAACAAAUUUUUGAAUGUAAAAAAGGAAGACUCCUACUUGGCCAAGCUUACACAUGACACCAUCAUAUUAGCAGAUAAUUUAAUUAAAAUUAUUACAAAGCCUUUCACCUAUGGAGGUUCAUCAGCUUUGGAAGAGUAUGCUGAUGCCGGCAAUGUGGAGGCCAUCUCUUUCUGUUCAGAGGUGUUACCUUUUUACUGGAAGUCGGAGAUAAUUCAUAUGGGAGACAUUUUCAGCGUCCGCUAUGGCCACUCCUGCAUUUUCUACAAGAACAGCAUAUACGUAUAUGGAGGACAGGGGCUCAGCGAAUCCUUCAGCUCCAAGCUGCUUAAGUUCAACAUGGAGACGCAGAUUUUUAGCUUUGUGGAAGAACGGACCCCGCCGCAGAGCCGUUACUACGCAACUCUGAAUUUAAUUUACUCCAGCGCGUUGAAAGAGCAGUGCCUGUUCUUGUUUGGAGGCAAGCAGGGCCAGUACAUCACCAACGACACCUAUAUGUUUAAUUUAAGUAACAACACCUGGGAACACAUAAAGGUGCAAUUCUGUCCUCCUCCUGUAUUUGGACAUGUGUCUUUUAAAUAUAAGAAUAUUAUUUUCAUUCAUGGAGGCAACAUGGGGAACCUAAACGUGAACAACGAUAUGUGGUGCUACUUCGAAGAGGAAAAGAAAUGGGUCAAAAUUAUGAGCAAGGAUGAGUAUUACAAGAAGGUGGUUUACAAACCCAGUGCCAGAUUUUUUCAUUCAUGUUCUUUAUGCAUAUCUAACCAGGGCAACGACGUCAGGGCGUUCAUCUUCGGAGGGAUGAACGCCAACAACAAGUGCGCGCAGGACAUUUUCUGGUGUUAUUCUUUAACUAACGGGAUGUGGACCCCAAUUAAGAAUUCCCUGGGCAAAAUCCCGGUGGGGCGAUUUGGACACAGCUCCACGGUUCUGAACGACACGUGGUUCCUCCUCUGCGGGGGGUACAACUCUUCCUGGUACUCCAAGUCGGACCUCCUGGACAUUCACGCAUACGAUAUAAAUUUAAACACCUGGUCAAUCCUGAACGUGUACGGCACGCAUCUGGUCACGCACCAUUUUUAUGGCAAAAUCGUCCAAGUCGAUGCGAGCGGCUACUUCCUCAUCUUCGGGGGAAUGAACAACAACGAAAAGUCAAACAAGAUUUACAAUUUUAAGCCGAUCCUCCCUUCGCCAUACUUCAAACGCCUGCGAGACAAGGUAGACGAAAUGGAAAGGAAGGUCCUCCACUUGGAACAGAACCCACUGCAAUUACUGAACCCGUCUUACGGAAGAGACAUAAAUGAAAUAAAAGGCACCCUCAGUGAGAUCUCCUUCAUUCUUGUGAGGUACAUACAAUUGGCUAACGACAUAAAUGAAAAAAUAAAAAUUUCAAAUGAACUUUCCAUAAGCAAUUAUUCACAACUGGCCGCAAAGUUUGAGCAGUACAAUAAGCAAUAUGACUCUUUGGUCAACCGAAUUGACCAGCUCGAUAGCACUCUGCCCGAUUCGGACCUCGACGUCAGGGGGGAUAAUGAGAACAACUUGCGAAAGAGCAGCUCCAGUUUUACUCUAUCCAGCGAGCCCAGCGGUGAGCCGACCAAUGCCUUGUAA